GGUGGCCUGGUGCUCACCGUCAUGCACCGGGCCCUGGUGGGCAUGGACCGCUUCCUGGGCCAGGCCCUGGUGCCCCUGGAGCCCACCCUGCAGCAGGGCCGCGCGCCCGACGAGCGGUGGCACAAGCUACACUCCAAGGCUGGGAAGAAGGAGAAGGAGCGUGGUGAGAUCCUGGUGAGCAUCCAGUUUACGCGCAACAACCUCACGGCCAGCAUGUUCGACCUGUCCAUGAAGGACAAGCCGCGGUCGCCCUUCGGCAAGCUGAAGGACAAGGUGAAAGGCAAGAAGAAAUACGACUUGGAGUCGGCCUCUGCCAUCAUCCCCAGCAGCAUGGGCGCCCUCGACAUGGAGGAUGACUAUGAUGUUGGGGGCAAGAAGUCCAAAGUCAAGGGCUUCUUCUUGAAGAACAAGCUGCGCAAGUCGUCCCUGACACAAUCCAACACCUCCCUGGGAUCCGACAGCACCAUCUCUUCUGCCAGCCUGGGCUUGGCCGCAAAUGUUCCCGAGGUAACCAAAUCCCCGAGCAGACACAGCAGUCUGUCCACGGAGCGCUCUGUGAAAGACUACUUGCCAUCUCCAAAGCUGACCCACAAGAGAGCAUUCAGUGACGAUGUCUCCCAAGUCAGCCCGGUCCUGGAGCCCAAAGCAAUCCAAAGCCUGAAGCCAAAGAACGAUCCUGUGUCCCGGUCUUCCCUCUGCAUCAACGGGAGCCACGUUUACAGUGACGAGCCUGCACCAAAGAGCCCCGUGUCUGUCCCGCAGAGCUCUGCGCCGCUGUCUGUGCCCAGCAUCCCCAGACGGCAGGAGGAGGGCUUCGGCUUCACUCCCCUCCAUCCCGACUCCCAUGAGGUGCCUUGGGGGGUCAGCAACUUUGAGAGGACACAGCAGAGAGAUGAGCCCAGAUUCAUCCCGUCUCCUCCCAGCUUAGCCUUGCAAGAAGAGCUCAAGGUCUCCACGAAAGCCGUCACUCUCAGUAACCAUCUGGGCAGAGCCAAGAUGGAAGAAAACAGUCGCUUAGAGAACAAGCCGACUCAAGCUGCAACACCCAUGGUCUUCUCCACGGAAACGACGAAGGACAAACAACCCGAGGAAACGAGGAAGGAAGACAAGAAAGCGAAGGGCGGCCUCUUCCACCACGGGGGCAACAAGAGUGAUGUGGGGAGCAAAGGCCAGGGGGAGAAAGUGGGAUUCUCCCAGAGCUCGUCCGUCCACACGACGGCAGCGGGAGAUGAGAGGAAUAAAACCAGCGGCUGGUUUGGUUCAAAGGAGCCCAAAGAGUCCCCUCAGAAACCCAGGUCAGUGAAACGGGUGUGUUGA